GGUGGACGUGCCCCCUCUCUUCUCUCCUCUCGCCUCCUCCGCAGUGCACUUGCAGCUGAGCAGCACUCCGGACAGGACGGUCUCCUCCUCCUCCUCCUCUUCUUCUUCUUCUUCUUCUCUUCCUUCUCCUGUGUGUGGUGGUGGUGGUGCUGAGGGGUGCACCAGAGUCGCAUCUGACUCCAGUCCAGAGGUCCCGGGCAGACGCGUGAUGGUGCGGACUCAUUGAUAAAAGCCGCCGCCGCUGGAAUUAAAAUGAGCACUCCCGCUGAGCGGCUCUCCUCCUCCUCCACAUAGCGCUGCCUCCUCUGCACAAGAUCUGUUGUUGUGUGACUCCAGCAGGCGACGCAGGAUGACUACUACCUUAUCGCUGGUGAUUUUGUGCGCUUUGGUGGCGUUAGCGUUGGCGUCGAAAACAGAGCGGGCAGUGCAGCUCCCCUGUGAAUCCGGCCAGUACACUACCAGUGGAGAAUGCUGCCUGGUGUGUCCACCUGGAGAGGGAGUGGUGAAGAAAUGUGGCGCCACGCAGACUGUCUGCGCACAGUGUUUGGACAGUGAGACCUUCUCAGAGAACUACAGUCUCACGGAGCAGUGCAAGCCCUGCACUGAGUGUAUCGGCCUGAUGCGGAUGGAGACGCCCUGCACUGACUCCAACGACGCCAUCUGCGUCUGCAACUACAACUUCUUCUUCGACACGAUAUCCGGCCAGUGCGAGCCGUGUACGGUGUGCCCGGUGGGUCAAGGCGUGUUUGCACACUGUGAACACAGUCACGACACGGUGUGUGAGGAGUGCGUGGACGAUACUUUCUCUGACCGGGAAAGCUCCCUCGACCCCUGCCUGCCCUGCACCAUCUGUGAUGAGGAGAGUGAGAUACAGCUGGCUAUGUGCACACCGAACAGAGACUCUGUCUGUCAUAAUCCUCUCCUCCCAACGUAUUACUCGCCCACCUCUGAUCCGUCUCCACCCACCUUCACCAAUGACUUCCUCCCUGAUGGCUCCGUCAGCCCAAUGCCAGGAGAGACGACCACAUCCAGCGCCGGCUCCCCUCGCUUUCUCGGCCACGGCUUCAACGAAAACCUCAUACCCAUCUACUGCUCCAUCCUGGCUGCCGUGGUGGUGGGCCUCGUGGCCUACAUCGUUUUUAAGAGGUGGAAUAGCUGCAAGCAGAACAAGCAGGCAGCUAAUAACCGCGCGGCUACGAACAACCAGAUGGUGACGCCGGAAGGAGAGAAGCUGCACAGCGACAGCGGCAUCUCGGUGGACAGUCAGAGUCUGCAGGAGCAGCAGCAGCAGCAGCAGCAGCAGCAGCAGCAGCAACAGGCCCAGGCUGAAGUCCAGGCUCAGCCCUCACACUCACGCACACAGGAACAGAUAGUGGUGAGGGUGGAUGGCGGCCCCCAGCCUGACACGCCUCCCCCUAAAGUUUGAGGAAGAGGCAGAGGAAGAAGAGGAGGCGUCAAAGCUGAAGACAGGGAAAAGAGAGUGGGGACUUGAACCGUGGACCAAAUAGAAAGCAGGGGGGAAGGGGGGGGCCACAUGGGAAUGUAAAAUUGACUCUGAUUCAUAUCUGAAGUGGCCACAGAGCAAAGACUUGACUUGUAUGGACCUCCCAGCACCUUUGGGCCACAGUCUGACUCUUCAUCCCUGCAUAUAGAGUCCAACUCUAUCAAUCAGUGUGCCUGGACCUCUACGGCAAUAUCAACUACUAUGUGUACUAAUGCCACUGCAGAUACAUAAUCAUUGUAUAUGCCGGUGCAUUUCGUAUUAACUGACUAUUCCAGUAUCUAAUAUUGACAUAAUUCUCACUAACUGCCAACUUAGUUUCCUCAGCCCCUUGUUAAGCUUUAGAUUUCCUCUAAUUCCACAAUCACUCGCCAUGAAACAUAUGUGCCUGAAAGGUAAAUAGGCAGAAAGGUUUUCCAUUAUCUCCUCUUACUCUUGCGUUUGCAUCAAAGAGACCUUUUUCCUCAGAGACCGGCCUUUUUUUUUCCCCCUCUCACAUCUUUCUCUGUGGCGUCCCACUCUCAGAUAAUCCUCUGUCUCUCUCCAUAGGAUUCACUCUAUUAGACCCCCGUCGUCAUCUGCGAUACAAAAAACAGCGGGGGAGCCGUGAGUCACUCCCGAACUUCUUCUGAAGUUCCUUGUUCUUUUAUCAUUUAACCACAGACACGUUUCAUGGCAUGUUGUCUUGUAAAAUGUUUGCGUCAUUGUUUGAGAUUGGCUGAACCGACUGAUGCAAGUGACUCAUAUUUAGGGAAGAAAGGUCGAUUGCUGCACAGCCUGCUCGGUAAUCAACUAUUUUUUCCUCGGUGACAUGCUUCUUCCUACUCUCCACAUACACAGACUCCCUCACAGCACCUCCAGAGAUUGUGUUUCAGUAAUUUCAUGCUCAUAAUGUAACACACCCCAAUGUUUGUCUCCUGUUUGUGGUGCAUUACUUUCAUUUUGUGGCUCCAGUUACAUGGUGAUUCAGCAGGGUACCCUCACGUCUUCUAUGGAGCCAGCAUGAGAGAAACAUCUCUGGACUGUGGAGCUUUGCUGACUCACUGCGAUGAUGUCUGAGGGGAAGCGAAGCCCUCGAAUGACAUCAUCACUUAGUGACCCAGUAUGCAGAGCUGCUCGUUAAAAAGAUGCUUAAAUGAAUUUGUUACUGAAAAAAUGUGCAGAAAGGAAUCCCAUCUGUCAUUCUUUACGCCUACUGAGUGGAAAAUUGGGACACCCCUCAGAGGCUUUCACCAUCCUCAGCUUGCUGACACCACCACCCUCCACAAACUCACUCUUACAGUCUUGCGUACAGCUCUGUCUGCGUGAUAGAGUCUGAUAAACAGUGCCGAGGCGCUAAUGCAUCGGCAGCGGCGCUCACGUCAACACAGGGCCCAUUAGAGAGACGUCCUGACAGGCAGGUAGUAAUUACCUCAGGGUUUCAGCUUCAUUUACCCUCGGCUCGCCUCGGCUCAGUCACUUCUCAUUGGGAUUAACGCUGCGGACAACAGAGGGGCGACACUCUUUGAAGCCUCAGCAUGACAUUACAGAUCCCUUAUCUAAGUCCGAGGCCACUGACAUUUACUAUAUCACCAUGGUGAUAUAAAAGCACUUAGCUGCAAGGCAGGGUGGCACCUUUUAUCACACAGGACCACUUUUAUGCUGCCUCCCUCCUGCCGCUCGCAGUAACUGUAAAAGCAGUCGACACAGAUAUCUUGUAAAAGAAGUAUACUGUAGCGGAGUUUGACUGCACUGCUUUAGCGUUCAUUCCUACAGGGGCACGUACUUUCUCAGGGUCCCUUUUGCUGUGAUGUGACUAAAGAUUAUCAAGAGAUUCAUAGAGGAUUUCUGUUAACCACCUAUAGAUGUAUGAUAGAGUAGGUAGGCAGGCAGGUAUAGAUUAUAAGCAGCUGUUUUAUUGAGAAAAAGAAAAUGUAGACUGAUAUGUGUUAGCUGGAUCCAACGUGACUAAGACUCUGAUGAAUUUAAAGAAACAGUUCGCCAUUUUGGAAAAUAUGCUCAGUCACAUUCUUGCUAAGACGUAGAUGAGAAGAUUGAUACCACUCUCAAGCCUGUACAGUAAAUAUAUAGCUCCUGCCAGAUGCUGGUUAGCUUAGCUUAGCAUAAAGACUGGAAACAAGGGGGAAAGCUAGCCUGGUUACAACUCAUUUAUUUAAUACAAAAACCACUGAGUUAUAUACUGCAUAGGGAUGUCGGUUUUAGUUAAUUUUGCUUUCGAUAGCCCAACAUCCAUCAACCAGGGACCAAGGAGUUUUUUCAUGGAAAAAGCGCAGAAUUACAUGAAAUACAAGGGACCUUUCCUUUUAGUCCGGCGCUGCAUUAACUCAGUUAACUUUAGCUCUGCAUUUCAAAGUGCUAUCCAUUUAGAGGUGGUGAAAUUUUAAUGUUUUGUGAUGUAAAUAUCUUGCUUUUUAUUUUGAUUUGCUGUCAGACAGCAAGCUAGCUGCAUUAGCAUGCUUUAAUAUAGUGCCAGCUUGCCCCUGCGCUCAAAUUGUUAGCUAAGGUUAGCCUUGUCUGCUCUGCACGGUCCACUGACUAGGCUGGGUGGGAGCUAGCUAGUGGCGCUGCUCAUUUGGCAAUUGCCACUAGUUACGCCAUCCUAGUGAUAGGAUGUUGCUGCGGAAACAUGGUCACCACACAGAAGGAUGGCUACUGUAUUUCCAAAGGGUUGGGAUGGUGUUAGAAGUGGCAAUCGCCAAAGGAGUGGUGUCACUAGCUAGUUAGCGCCCAUCAGACCCCUUUGGUGUGCAGUGCAGUAAACUAAAGAGUAGUAAAAUUAACCUAUAGACCGACAGGCAAAACUGGUCAAAAACAUUCUUGGCAGUUAACGGAUUCAGAGUUAACUGUUGACAUCCCUAAUGCCGACUACAACCCCUGGAUGAAUGGUAUCAAUCUUCUCAUGCAACUCUUGAAAACACACAAAGACAGGAAGUAAGUCUACAAAAUAUUAUUUCAAAGGAGAAAUAAGAUGUGUUAGCUUUUCAGCAGAGCUUGUAGAAUCUAGUGAGCAACAGAUGGAUAAAAAAAUGUCAGGCAGACAGGAAAAGUGAGUUAUUACAUCCGAUGUGAUGCUGCGGGGAUCGGUCACACGGUCACCAACAUCUCAAGACAAUUAAACUUUGUGGUCUCUUCACUUGUGAUUCAUCUUGUAUCACUGCAGCGUUAUGAAUGGAAAAACAUAUAACACUGCUGUUCUCUGCUCACAGCCCCUCAGUCGAUGUGUGCAUGCAUGGUAGACAUGUGACCACUCACACACACACACACACACACACACACACACACACACACACACACACACACAGAGCGACAGUGUAUGAUUCACUCCUCCACCAAGAGAGCUGGUGUGAUUCAUCCUGAUCCUUGCUGUGGCAUUGACAUUAAAGCGGACGCUGCUACAGUAUGAGUGACCGGAGUGUUGAUUUAAAGAAAAGAAACUCCUCGACUCUGUCUCCCCCUGAGGCCCAAUCGACCCUCAAACAGCGCACUCAUCUACCCUGAAGCGACUCAUUCUCCUUCUCCUGCAGCUUGUGAAGUAGUCAGACACACAGUGUAAGAAUGUACAUCCCUGUUAAAAACGGAAAAAUAUGCAAGACACAUUCAAGAAUAAGGUUUCAGUUUGCCCUCAUUCUGUUGUUGUGAAACUGUCUUUAUGUUUUCCUGUUGGUUUAUAUUAUGAAUAGUAUUACAACCUUUGGAGUCAGUAUUUUUUCUAACGGAUAUGUUAUUUUGUAGCACUUAUUAGAUGUAAAAUGAAUGCACUCAAAGAGUGUACCACAGUUCAAGUGCCUGUGUACAGUGUCAGGUGUCUUUCAGUUCAGAAGUUUGACGAUAUAUUUUUCUUUUGCAGUUUUUCCUCUUAUUUUAUGGUUUUAUGUGAAUUUCUUUGAUAUUUUGAGAGCUAAUGAAGGUUUUUAGAAAACAAAAGUCAGAUGAACUUUGGAGACUCAAGCAAACUGUAUAAACCUGGCACUUAUAUAGAGAGACAAAUAGGUUGCCAAUGAAGACAUACUGUAUGUAAACAAGCUAUAAAUACUGGCGACUAAUAGGGUCAUGUAGCAUUACCAAACAUAUACAUGCCACCUGAGACUUCUAAUCUAAAACUCACAUAUGCUAUUAGUCAAUAGGAAUCAGCUCUACUGUGCAGAGGUUUUUGCAUGUACAGCAAGUUUCAUUAUGUACCUCCAUUUCAGAGGCGACAAGACAUGUAAUCUGCCGUAACAUGAAAUCAAUGGGGAGGUUCACUGUGAUUCUCUGUGAUAUUGCUACAAACUUGAUUUAGACAGAUCAGGACCUGCUCCCAAACAAGCGGAAUGUCACCUGUACUUACCUACUAAUGUAAAAUGCAUUGUGUAAAUGUGAAUUUCUUAGAGUUGAUACAAGAUACAAAAAUACACUAUAAAAUGUAAAAAAAACCAAAAGUGUGCAAAUGAAAUGAGCAUCUAUAAUACA